AUGCAGCAGGACGAAGCCAAGAGCAAGCGGCCUUCAGUGAUGACGUCUGCGACGCCUCCCGCCAUGCCCGAGCAUAAGACAGAUGUUGAGCCAGCUGUUCGUUCACCUCAGCCAUCCGGAUCUGCACCGGCAGAGCCACCGACAGGAACCGAGGACAACCCUUGGCGGCGGUUCCUAGCGCUCGGCAAGGGGCUCGCUACCGACACGGACAGUGCAGUCAGCAAAGUUCCGUUGCUGGACAAAUCCAGGUUGGCGGCCACUGCAUCGCCACGGGCACGGGUAUCACCUAGCGGAACCGGAGCGGCUAGUCCGGUGCGCAGAACACCGGACUAUCCGACGUCACCACUUCAGCAGGGAGGCAUGCCACCGGCCAGCCCUAUGGGCUUCCAUGCGCAGAGUCCCGCUACGUCCCCGUACGAAUCGACCCUUCAAAGUGGCAAGGGAUCAUGGCCGGCAACGCAGUCCACACAUGUCACCACGCCACCUGUACGUGACAUGACGUGGUAG